AUGAGCCGAACGUUGCCGAGCCGGCAGGCCGAGGAGCUGAACAAGUCCAUCAUCGCCUACCUCGUCGCCAACAACCUCCCGAACGCGGCGGCGGCGCUGCGGCAGGAAGCGUCCCUCGGCGAGGACGUCUUUGACGCGGCGACGACGAAAAAGUACGAGUCCCUGCUGGAGAAGAAAUGGACGAGCAUCGUCCGGCUGCAAAAAAAGAUCAUGGACCUCGAGUCCCGCAACGGCUCGUUGCAAUCCGAACUUGACAACGCCACACCGACGUCGCUCGCUCGGCGGAACCAAGAUCCGGCCUCGUGGCUCCCGCGGUUGCCUUCGCGGCACACGCUCGAGUCGCACCGGGACACGAUAACGUGCAUCGCGUUCCAUCCCCGCUUCUCCUCCAUCGCCUCGGGAUCCGACGACUGCACCAUCAAGAUCUGGGACUGGGAGCUCGGCGAGCUCGAGCAGACCAUCAAGGGCCACACGCGCGCGGUGCUGGGCGUCGACUACGGCGGGCCGCGCGGCGCCACCCUGCUCGCCUCCUGCAGCUCCGACCUCUCCAUCAAGAUCUGGGACCCCGCCGACCAGUACAAGAACAUACGGACGCUGCAGGGCCACGACCACAGCGUGAGCGCCGUGCGCUUCCUCCCCUCGGCCUCGGGCGCGCAGUCGGGCAACCUCCUGGUCAGCGCGAGCGGCGACAAGACGUUGAGGAUAUGGGACGCGACGACGGGCUACUGCCUCAAGGCCCUCAAGGGGCACUCGGGCUGGGUGCGGGACGUGUGCCCCUCGCUCGACGGCCAGUUUGUCCUCUCGACGGCCGCCGACCACACCGCCCGGCUCUGGGACGUUUCCACGCCGAACCCCGAGGGCAAGGUGGUCAUGACGGGGCACGAAAACCUGGUGCGCUGCGGCGCCUUUGCGCCGCCGGCCUCGUACAAGCACCUCGCCCGGCUCGCGGGCCUGACCAAGGCGCCGCCGGCGACGAGCACGGCCGAGUUCAUGGCGACGGGGUCGCGGGACAAGACGAUCCGGCUGUGGGACGCGAGGGGCACCUGCAUCAAGACGCUCGUCGGACACGACAACUGGAUCACGUCCCUCGUCUUCCACCCGGGCGGCAAGCACCUGCUGUCCGUCGCCGACGACAAGUCCCUCCGGUGCUGGGACCUGAGCCAGGACGGCAAGUGCGUCAAGGUCCUCGACGGGGCGCACGGGCACUUCAUCACCUGCAUGCGAUGGGCGCCGAGCAUAUCCAGGGAGGUCAACGGCGGCGGCGCGGACCAGGCCGAGGGCGAGGCGACGGCUGAGUCGAUCCGGUGCGUGAUUGCCACGGGCAGCGUCGACAAGACGUUGAAGAUAUUUGCGAACUAG